UUUUCAACAUAAAACAUGCCGAACGUCAUGCCGCGCAGCGAGGUGCCGCAGAGGUGAGUCCGGGACCGACAUGCAGCACAGCACAUCACAUCCAGUGAUGUGAGUGACAUCCAGGGACGAACCCGAGAGCUCUUCAGCGUCUUAUUUGAUCUGCUGUAACGCUGCUGUUCGGUGGGGGCAAUUCAGCGGUUGCACUAUUCUGAAAGUGCCCUGGCUGAGCUUCCGGUCAGCGCGUUGGUUCCGUGUGCAGCUUGACGGGUGGGUAGAGAGGUGAAGUUAGAACCUCGAACCAAAACAAGACGGCGAGGCUCCGCUCAUGAAUGGGAUCCAGGUCCUCCCGCCAUCUGUGGCCAGGACCUCGUGGCGUCAGACCGGAUUAUCGGACCAUCGACCGUACCGGAGGGGAUUAAUGGUGACGUCUGCCGGAGCGCAGCGAGGAGAAGUCCGGUACUGUGGUCGACCUGAACCCGUCUCACCUCUGCUUCCUGUUGUGUCAAGCUGUGAGGCGCCAUCAAACACCGCGGUUCAAACCGUUAUCGCUCUUUCCUCACAGUAUCGCAGCUGUGAGGCAGGCGGUGAGGUACGGUCAGUACCCUGCGGUUCCUCCCUCGGACCUUCUCGGUGCCAUUCAGCAUGCGCCGCUUGUUCAAUUAAUUCCACGAAUUAAUUGACUGAUUUGUUUGAGUCAGUUUUCUACAUUCUUCACUCAACUCCAGCAGGAAGCCUGGUGCGGUGAUGUGGACAGGAGGUGGGUCUCGCCUCUUCACUGAACCCAGCCUUGGAAACAUGCUGCAGAGUGACCAUUCACUGCAGCACGUGACAAUACGUCUAUAUAUAUAACCGCCACCUGGUCACAGUGUUGAGGGGCGCCCCCGCCCCCAGAACUCUGACUCCCCUUCUUCCCAUGCUGGACUGGGCUCCACGUCGCUCUUCUGCAGUCUGGUGCCAGUGACUUUCCAAACUCCAGCGCCGUACGUAGACUGGGAAUCUCGCUUCACGCUGAAGUGAGGCCAUGUCGACGGAGCUGGGCAGGCUCGAUCCUUGACACCAAGCUGGUUGAUCUCUGAGAUGCAGCCUCUCAUGGUGGCCACCAGGGCGGCGCUGUGACUCCCCACCGCUGGGCGCAAUGACGGGGCCCACCUCCCCCAGCAGGCCGGGCACCUCCUCGGGUAAGCUGAGCCGUUUGGGCCGGUCCAAGAGCAGCAGCUCGCACUGCCUGCUGCGCUGCGCCCCCCCCGAGCGCCCUCCUGCCUCGCCCCCCCACUGCGCUCAGUGCUUGCCCGGAGACGAUGAGGAGAAGGACGGCGGCGCCCUAUUCUACGUCAACCGCUCCGGCUUCCCCAUAGAGAGCGCCACCUGGGACCGGAUGUGGUCGCACGUGGCCGCUGUGCACCCGGAGGGUCAGGACAUGGUGGACCGCAUCCGCAACGCCGCCUACCUGUCCAAGCACCCGGUUCCAUCCAUCCCCACCUUCCGACCCUCCACCACGGUCCCGGACUGGCUGGUGUCGGUUCAGAACUACAUGAAGGCGCUGCAAUACAAUCACACUGGAACGCAGUUCUUUGAGAUCAAGAAGAGCCGACCUUUGUGUGGAUUGAUGGAGACGGCGAGAGAAAUGAUUCGGGAGUCUCUGCCAAUCAAGUGUCUGGAAGCUGUGAUCCUGGGAGUAUACCUGACCAAUGGCCUGACGUCUCUGGAGCGUUUCCCCAUCAGCUUCAAGACCCAGUUUUCAGGCCACUGCUUCCACCAUGUGGUUCUCGGCGUGUACUGCAACGGGCGCUACGGCUCGCUGGGAAUGAGCCGGCGCCAGGAGCUGAUGGACAAGCCGCUGACCCACCGGACACUGGGAGACCUUGUGGCAGAGUUUGAGUCCUCCUACAAGAGAUACCAGCACACACUGAAGAAGGUGAAGAUCGGCCUGUAUGUGCCACACGACCCGCACGUCUUCCAGCCCAUCGAGUGGAAGCACCUGGUGCUGAACGUGGCCAAGCUGGGAGCUCAGGAGAUGAAGAAGGAGCUGGAGAAGCACGGCCGCGACAUGAGGAUGAAGAUCCUCAAGUCAUCCAGCGCUCAGUCGCCCAUCAAGGAGAGGAGUCGCGGCAAGUCCCUGUCACCACGGCGACAUCAGACCAGUCCUCAGAAGAGAGUCCCAAACAGACGCGACAAGUCACCCGCCGCGCUGGAGCGCAGACCUGCCGAGCUCAGCACGCUCAGCGACGGUUACCAGAUCCGGAUCUGAGCCCGGGUGCAGCCGGACUGGAUAGUUGAAGGUUUGAUUCUCACUCCAUCACUGGACCUGUGUGAGGCCACGCCCACUCGGCCGCCCCCCUGUGGUGGUGAAGAAACCUGCCAAGAAGGAUCGCUGCGAGCUGGCAACCUCCAAACCCUCAUGGUCAGCUGUCUCGCGCCCACUACCGUCUGUCUGCUCGUGUCACAACUUGUUUGUCGAGUCUUUCCUGACCAAAGUUUCUCCUCUGGACUCCGGGCCCAAGCGUGACGUGCGGCAGCCUUUAGAACCAAGUGUCGUGCUUUGAUCCGCAGUGUCUUUCAGUCACUGUCGGAACAGUUCCUCGUAUGUUUUCAUUUCCCGCCAAAUUCUCAUCCAAUGUCCUCCGUCACGAGGCACCAACUGUGUAGAGAACCAGCGCCACGUGGCGCUUCUCUGAUCGCGGCGCUACGUUUCACGUUUGAUGUUUUGAGAACAAAGGUGUCCUAAGUGUCGGAGCCGCGCUCCAGGCCUUCGGUGAGUCGCGCCAUUCUGAUGACGCUUGACUUGACGUACUUUGACCUUUAUUGCAUAAGGAAGGUCGCACACUCCCACUGUACGUUUUCUCUGUGUUGCCUCGUCCGACCUCGUCAAGCGCUUCUGAUUGUUUUCUCGGAAUAUUGUUGCGGAUUUUUUUGCCAGUAUCUUGUUGCCCUGGUAACGGUGGCUCUUGCUCCACGCUCCGCUAUGCACUCGCAAAGAACAGCAAAAAAAUCGCAGUCUUCCGUGAAAGGUGGUUCGCGAGGUCAGAGCAAGCCUCACGCCGGGAACUUCCUUGCUGUAAGGUGCAAGGAUCAAGAAUCGUAGCACACUUCAGCGAAGGCCUUUUUCUCACGACUUUCCAUAUCGAUUUCUACUCAAACACGGCGAGAAAUGAAUAUUUUCAGACGUAGCAGUGGUGUUUUUGUAGCGCUCCAGCUCCACCUGUGCGCCAAAGUUGUCGUAGCUUUUUGCCGCAACAAUCAGCGAUGCAAACGUGGACCCCGUCUGCUGCGGGCGGUGGAGGACUGGGACGGACCCGCUGAUCCAUCGCAAUAACUGUUGUGGAGGGACACGGUGGGGCCGCCGCCGCUCGUCUUCAGCUGUGAAUGUUUGGCUCAGACGGUGUUUUCAUGAAUGAACUCUCACACGCCUUCGGGAGCUUUGGUCCCAAUAACCUGGACAUCUUUUUAAUGUUGACGUGCCGGUGCCUGUUGAGGGACUUGAGCCAGGAGCGUCUGAAGACUGUGCCCAAGCUCCUCCCUCUCCGUGGCUCAGCCCUCUGUCUUCGAACCAGCGACUGUUUUCCUGCAAGCUCCUGUCUUUGGAGAAGCUGAGUUACACUUUAGUGUGUGUUUGUGUGUUGUAUAGCUAUCUUUGUGGGGACAUUUUACCCGGACCCCACGAGGUUUAGCCUCAAUCUGAUGGUUUGAACUUGGAAAAUAACUGGUUUGGUCCAGAGUCCUGGUUCAGGUGAGUCAUGUUUCGGGGAGAGGCUGGGGAAAGGGUGAUGGCCAGGGGAGGUCCCCACAAUGACGGCGACACAAACCUGUGUGUGUGUGUGGCUGACAGGUUGGUGGCUGGUGUUCUUGAAUAAAAGCUCUACGUUUCUACCUCGCCGCCGCUUCGCUGGUCACGCCGCGUCCCUUCAGUCUGAAUUAUUCAUCAGGCUUUUAUUCUGAAAUAUCUUAAGCUGCUCUCAGCAGAGUGGAAGCAUGAGUCAGCAAAAACUCUGAUGUCAGCGUUAGUCCUCUUUGGUGAACUCUCUCUCUCACACACGCGCGCUCAGCAGCUGAUUAUGCAAAGUCAAUGGUGCGUGUGUGUGUGAGAUGAGCGCAUGGAGGUGGAUUUACCAAAAUAAUCCUUCAUUUUUCAUCUGCAGCAGUGAGGAGAUUAGGAGUGUGUGCGCGCGCGCGCUCUCUCUCUCGCCUCAGGACGGCCUGCUGCCGGCAGAGGAACCUCUCGGGGCCCUGCUGACCCUGCUGUGUUCCCCCGAGUGAGACCAAAUCCGAGCACCCUCCGCAGAGAACGGCGAGCGCCGCGGUCUGGACGCCAGGAGGCGCGCGAGCACCGUCCAGCGGCGGCUCUGAAACUUGGAGGCGACGCGGUGAUGUGAACCGCGCGCCACCGAAGGGUCUCCGCGAGGGAACGCAACAUCUGGGCGCACGUGACAGACGCUGCUCACACUGGACCAAGAUGGAGGCUUUAUUCAGCAGCAGCGCCACACACUGGUGAACAAGUGAGGCUCAGCAGAACAAACAGCAAUGAAGGAGUGAAUUUCAAAUGCUUCCUUCAGUUUUCAUACUUCACGUCUUCAUCACCAUCACCCUCAGUGUUUCUGCGUCUCUGAAAAUCAAGAGUCCAGAGUUAGUGCUCCUUCAUCAAUAUUCAUCAUCCUCUUCAUCACUCCACCAUCCUCUUCAUCACUCCACCAUCCUCUUCACCACUCCACCAUCCUCUUCAUCACUCCACCAUCCUCUUCAUCACUCCACCAUCCUCUUCACCACUCCACCAUCCUCUUCAUCACUCCUCCAUCCUCUUCAUCACUCCACCAUCCUCUUCAUCACUCCUCCAUCCUCUUCAUCACUCCUCCAUCCUCUUCAUCACUCCUCCAUCCUAUUCAUCAUCACCAUCCUCUUCAUCACUCCUCCAUCCUCUUCAUCACUCCACCAUCCUCUUCAUCACUCCACCAUCCUAUUCAUCAUCACCAUCCUCUUCAUCACUCCACCAUCCUCUUCAUCACUCCACCAUCCUCUUCACCACUCCACCAUCCUCUUCAUCACUCCACCAUCCUCUUCAUCACUCCACCAUCCUCUUCAUCACUCCACCAUCCUCUUCAUCACUCCACCAUCCUCUUCACCACUCCACCAUCCUCUUCACCACUCCACCAUCCUCUUCAUCACUCCACCAUCCUCUUCACCACUCCACCAUCCUCUUCAUCACUCCUCCAUCCUCUUCAUCACUCCACCAUCCUCUUCAUCACUCCUCCAUCCUCUUCAUCACUCCUCCAUCCUAUUCAUCAUCACCAUCCUCGUCAUCACUCCUCCAUCCUCUUCAUCACUCCUCCAUCCUAUUCAUCACUCCUCCAUCCUCUUCAUCACUCCACCAUCCUCUUCAUCACUCCACCAUCCUCUUCAUCACUCCACCAUCCUCUUCAUCACUCCACCAUCCUCGUCAUCACUCCUCCAUCCUCUUCAUCACUCCUCCAUCCUAUUCAUCACUCCUCCACAUCCUCUUCACCACUCCACCAUCCUCUUCAUCACUCCUCCAUCCUAUUCAUCACUCCUCCAUCCUCUUCAUCACUCCUCCACAUCCUCUUCACCACUCCACCAUCCUCUUCACCACUCCUCCAUCCUCUUCAUCACUCCACCAUCCUCUUCAUCACUCCUCCAUCCUCUUCAUCACUCCACCAUCCUCUUCAUCACUCCUCCAUCCUAUUCAUCAUCACCAUCCUCGUCAUCACUCCACCAUCCUCUUCAUCACUCCACCAUCCUCUUCAUCACUCCACCAUCCUCUUCAUCACUCCACCAUCCUCUUCAUCACUCCUCCAUCCUCUUCAUCACUCCACCAUCCUCUUCAUCACUCCACCAUCCUCUUCACCACUCCUCCACCAUGUCGUCUCAGCAGCAGUGACAGUGAAGCAGUAGAGGAGGGUUCUCACUCACAGAGCUGUGGUCAUGUGAUCCUCGCUUUCCUAAAAAGUCAAACGCUGGUCAGCAAGUCCAUCAGAGGUCACGUGACCCAGUUCCAAACAUUUCCUCACUCAGAGCUUUGAUGAGGAGGACGGUAACCAUGGUGACCAGUAGGACUUCAGCCACACGCAGGGUCAGCACCAAGUAGUCCACCACAGAAGAGCCUCUGGGAGCUGAAGGAGACAUGAGAGUGGAGCGUGAGAGGAGGACAGAGAAGAGUCUGGAGGAGCUGGAGAACAUCUGAGGAGGAGUGGGAUCACCUGCUUCUGAUGAGGAUGAGGGUGGUCUGGAUGGAUCCAGGUGCGUUCUGGAUCAGAUGGAUCUGAAGAACCAGCUCUGUCUCAAGAGACUCACCUGCUGCUUGGAAGGGGAACCUCUUCACCGUGUCUCUGUGUGAGACUUCACAUGUGAGGAAGUGCCUCUCCAGGAAGGACGCAAGAGGAAACUGAACAGCAGCAUCUCCACAGGUGGUCGACGAGGUCUUCAGCUGUGGGUGAUCUUUGGUUAUAGUUUGACCCUGAUACAGCCACUGAACCUUCUCAGGGCAGAAACCAGGACGGAUCACUUUACAGGUCAAGGUCAUGUCACCUUGAGUCAUGGAGCGAGUCACUAGAGGAGGACAUGGUGAGAAGAGAGAACCAACAUCAUCUCAGCUCCUCACUCCAGAAGAAAGAAAGCACUGGAGCAGCAACAUGACGGAGGAGGAGCUGAGCGUGAGGUCACCAGGAGGAGGACACAUGAGAAGCUCACACUCACAGGAGACCAUGGAGAGGAACGUGUCGGCGUCUGUAUAUGGUCUUGGUCCAUCAAACUGUCGACAGGUGUAACGUCUAGCAUCUCCAGCCCCCAUCUUCUUGAUGACCAGAGAGCAGUCAGGUGCCAGGCUCAGUCGGUCCACAUCAACUUUGACUGUCUUAUGUUCAGCCAAUGUUUCGAUUCCGCCAUCUUUAUCACCAAGCCAGGCGGUUCCCUCACAGGAGGCCUGGUCAGGUGCUCUGGAGUCACAUGACAGAGUAACUUCAGCUCCCUCCUGAGCGAAGAGGAAGGUGUCUCCAGCUGCUCCUGUGAAGAGAGGAAAGGCAUCAGGAGCUUCAGACUCAUGAAGGUGUUGGACCUUCUCACCAGUGGAGGUGAGCAGGACCAGCAGGAGAGGAAGGAGUCUCUGGGACAUGGCUCUCUAGUCUCCACGCGGCCACCUCUCCAGCAGACGUGUGCCUCGGCGAGUCCCUGCCCCGACUCUUGCUUCUGCUGCAGCGUUUCGCACGGCAGUGGUUGACCACACGCUUCCUCCUUCCUCUCAUCACAUGUCACCGAGCCAACAAGUGUGUUGUGAGAGGCAGCAGCAGCCAGGAGCCCCAGCGUUCAGCCUCACUCUUCUCCCCCUCUCUCUCCCCUCCUCUCCCUCACACCUGGGAGAGUGUUUGGCGCAGAGGUCAGAGGUCACACGCACAGGAAGGAAGAGGAAUAUUUGAAGACUUCAACUCUCCAUAAUCCUCUCGCGCUCCUUAAUCCCUCAGAAAGCAAUUUCAUAUCGAGGCUGCGCGGGUCGGGGCCUUCAGGCGGACCGCAGUGAUCUGGUGCCACGAGCCACACGGGGGCGCUGUGCCUCCUCCAGCACACGCUUCCAGGACCAACAGCACCGAGGAAUAUUGAAACACCGGUCAGUGUCUGUGUUGGACCACUCCAUCUUAAGCGAAACCAGAGUUGUCAUCCUUUAUCUUGGGAUCUUAUGACCCACCGCUGCACUUCAGUUUAGACACACUGCUCCUCCCUCUUCCUCCACUCCUCCUCCUUUUCCUACUUCUGUCCUGUUCUUCUUUCUCCUCUUCCUCCUAUCCUCCUCCUCUCCUGUUCUUCUUCCUCCUGUCCUCCACUCCUCCUCUUCCUCCUCUCCUGCUUUUCUUCCUCCUGCAAUCCUCAUCCUCUGUGCUUCUCUUCCUCACUGCUCCUGUCAGACUCAUCCUCAACUCCCCCUUAUUUACUCCCACUCCUACAGACUGAAGUUAGAUGUGGGGAGAGCAUCCCCCUCCUCUCUCUCUCUCUCUCUCUUCUCACACGUUUGUCUUCCUAGCUCAGUGAGGACCAUCAUUAACAUCACCCUUCCCCCAGCCUCACCCCCUGAACCUGACAGUCCAGAACAAACGGCUAAACUGAACCUUGACUCUGAACCAGACUGGAGCCCAGUUAUAAUGAUCCAGCUGUUCUGUAGUUUUAACCCUCAAACUGAGGCUCUGCAGAGUGAGGACCUGCCAACAUGUCCUCACUCUGUUCUCACAAAGACAGAAGUACAAGAACACACACACACACACAUCACUGAAGGGUGUGUAUAGAUCUCCCCUGCAGCAGCAGCAAUGUUUGUUUGGUUUCGACAUCGUUUUCUGCUCCUCCCUCAUUUAUCUCUGUCUCACACACACACACACGGAGAGAGAGAGAGAGUCUACCUGCAGUGCUGCAAUGAAUCAUGGGAGCUCAGGGAAACCAGCUGAAUUAAUCUGGCAGGUGUGUGUGUUUCAGCAUAUCUGUCCCAGUGAGGUCCAGUUUCAGAGAAAACACCUCCCAGUGGGGCCCUUACGUCUCCGCCUGGUUCAGAGUUCAGAGGCUGAUGUGAAGCUGUGGGGACCUGUUGCCGGACCCCACCAGGUGAGCUCAGAGGGUCUCACUGUGGCAAGGGUCAACAGUUCAAAUCCCGGUGCCACGUCUGAGGUGAACCUCCAGCAAGUGACACCAACACUGACACGCAGCAGCGAGGGACGGAGCCUCGUCCUGCUGAAUGAGCAAAAUAAUGAGCUGAGCUGGAGCCAAAAUACAACAGCGCUCUGUGUGUGUGAGUGUGUACGACAAACCUUUGUCCUCUCUUCUCUCCAUCUGUGUGUGUUUAUCGUGUUUCUGCUUGCUGCUGCAUUUUCUGCUCCUGGAGAGACGACAGCAGCUCACCGUGUGUGUGUGUGUGGACUUGUAUAUCCUGCCUUGUGGGGACCAAAUCUUGACAAAACACUACAACACAAACACUUGUGAGAACCUUAUGACAAUGUGCGGACCAUUCUGGCAGGUCCUCACUUUGCCGAGCCUCAGUUUGAGGGUUAAAACUACAGAACAGCUGGGUCAUUAUAACUGGGCUCCAGUCUGGUUCAGA